GAGAAAACUAAAAAAGACUCAAAAGAGAGAGACUCUGUCUCAGCUCAAAGGCAUCACCAACAGCGGCAGAUAUUACUGCUUCGCUAUGUAUAUUUGCUAAAGCAUCAAAUCAAAUCAAAUCACAAGAACACAAACAAAGAGGAUCUAAACGACAAUCCUUCCCACAAUAUGGUGUCGUACGUCAAUGCCUUGCUGUACGGAGUGGGCGGCAUAGUGGUGGCGGGGAUGGCGCUGCUCGUGGCUUUCCAAGAGAAGUUAGUUUACGUCCCUGUCUUGCCUGGUCUCACUAAGUCAUAUUCUAUAACUCCUGCCCGUCUCCGGCUCAUUUAUGAGGACGUUUGGCUCAGAUCCUCUGACGGCGUUCGCCUCCACGCUUGGUUCAUUAAGCUCUUUCCUGAAUGCCGAGGUCCAACCAUCUUGUUUUUCCAGGAGAAUGCAGGAAAUAUUGCUCACCGUCUUGAAAUGGUUCGCAUCAUGAUACAGAGGUUGCAGUGCAAUGUUUUCAUGCUUUCAUACCGAGGUUAUGGAGCAAGUGACGGAUACCCUUCGCAACAUGGAAUCACAAAGGAUGCUCAGGCUGCACUGGAUCAUCUUUCUCAAAGGACUGACAUUGACACAUCUAGAAUAGUUGUAUUUGGGAGGUCACUUGGAGGUGCAGUUGGGGCUUUGUUGGUCAAAAACAACUCUGAUAAGGUUGCUGGUCUGAUUCUGGAAAAUACUUUUACUUCUAUUCUGGACAUGGCUGGAAUACUACUGCCUUUCUUAAAGUGGUUUAUUGGAAGUACUUAUUCAAAAGGUCCUAAAAUUCUUAAUUUCCUCAUACGUUCUCCAUGGAGCACUAUUGAUGUCAUAAACCAGGUUAAGCAGCCAAUCCUUUUCCUCUCUGGAUUGCAAGAUGAAAUGGUACCCCCUUCCCAUAUGGAAAUGUUGUAUGCUAAGGCAGCUGCUCAUAAUAAGGAAUGCAUCUUUGUGGAAUUUCCUACUGGCAUGCACAUGGACACCUGGCUGGCUGGUGGUGAUCAUUAUUGGAGGACUAUUCAGCAGUUUCUUGAAAAAUAUGUUCCAGAGGAGAAGGAAAAUGAGUCAUACCACACAGAGCAAGAUAUGCAGGGGAGGUGAUUUCUUGCAUGUAAAAUUUUGAGAUGUUAUAGAAUGGCUCACCACAGUAUCAAGUAUUAUGCCUUUUAUUUUUGAAGGAAGCUGCAGCGAUUAAAAAAUCUGAGUGAGGAAUUGCUGCUGGCUGAGACCGUCCUGCACAUCCUGGUUUACUCUGAAGACUUAGUUGGUUUAGAAGCUUCAGCAGAUGCCAGAAAACUGUGAAUGCCUUCGGUAUACUGUGUACAACUUUUUGACAUACAUCUUUGUUAGUUAGUCAAUUCUGACACCGUUCUCAUUUUACGAAUGAGAAAUAUCUGAUAUUUGAAACAUAGAAUUUGAUGUAAUGGACUGUUUGUAUCAUAGUACACAAUUAGAUCGUUUUAAAGUUCA